GGCACUUUUACGCUAAUUUAUUGUCACUCGAUGCACCCGUCAUGUCCAGGAAUUGAUCGACUGAUAGUCAGUGGUAAGGGUGAAGGUGAAAUAAAAAAUAUUAAUGAAGAAAAAAAAUGAGCACAGCUAUUGAGAACAGUGUGGACACCGCCAAGUCACGAGGUAUAUUUUCUAGGGCAUUUGCUAAACGAGCCCAGCCCUAUGAAGAAGCCCUCAAGAGCCUGAAUCGACUUAGCAAAGAGGGUGAACGAUUUGCUGAAGAGGAUGGAGCUUCAGCGCACCCCACCUUGGCCUUGAUGAGGCGCAUCCUGGCAGAUGCUCAGGCAAAACUUCGCGUGAUGGUGGAGGAGAACGCAGCGACGGGUGCCCGUCUGGAUGGCGAACUAGAGCGUGCGAGGGGUGAAUGCGCGUCUCUUCGCGGUGAAUUACGCGAGGUAAGGGGUGCCCUUGUAACAAACAACAAUCACGCGACCAAUGGCAACGGUUCAAAUGCCAAUAACAACGGUACGAGUAGUGAAACAACGAGCGCAACUAGUGGUACGUCCAACAAUUUGACAGCACCAAUGAGUACCCAGGAAGUGAGGUGUGAAUCGCCGGCCCUCAAUUCCCAGGACGAGGCAAAAAGACUCAGUGCUGCCAGUAGUCCUGUUGAUAAGAGGAGCUCAGCAAGUGAAAAAUCGGUUAGCCCUGUUGAUAAAGGAAGUAGCCCGUCUGAUAAGAAGGACAGGAACAGUCCCAUCGAUCGCAGUAGAACUAGUCCGUCAAUUGAAAAGCGUAACGGCUCACCGAAUCGUAGUCCCAGUGAAAAGAGACGACCCUGGACGGCAGUGGAUAAAACCCGGAUAGGUUCUGGUGGUAGUGUUGAUUCUCGAUCGGGCAGUGCAAGUCCAGAUCGUAAUCGGAGUGGACUAUUUCAACGAAGUGGUAGUGAACGAUCGAGCGGUGAGAGACUGCGUAUAACAACAAAUCGCGAGUCAAUACGCAAUAAGGAGAGCAAUGAACUCGAGAGUAAGGACGGUAAGGACAUAAUCGAUGGAGAUGUAAGACCAGACGAGGACAAUGAGCCACCGGCACCAGCACCAGGCAGCCGACCCACAUCACCAAGCAAUCCCCUUGGUCUCUCAGAAUCAGUGAUAUCUGGUCGAUUAUCAGGUCUCCAUGGAGGACCACCAGUGGAAUUGGCGAGUGCUCGUCGAUUACGUCUGGAGAAUGAGCGUCUUGUGGCGGAAGUAGCAAGACUCCGUCGAUUGCUGUUGAGUGGUGCAGCAAGGGGUGAAGUUGGUGGUGAGGAUGCAGCUAUUGAAGAGGAAGCUCGUUUCGUUGCCCUGGAAAUGGAGCUACAGCAUUCGCGCGAGGUCAUACAGGCCCUCAAAACCGAUCGCAAACGUCUCAAGGCUGAGAAAUUCGAUCUACUAAAUCAAAUGAAAGCUCUCUACAGUACACUGGAGGAUAAAGAACGAGAGCUCAGGGAUUUCAUACGAAAUUAUGAACAGCGGAUGAGGGAAAACGAGGCAACACUCGGUCGUCUUCAGCAGCAAGGUGCUGGAUUACCCAGUGAGGAGAGGGAGAGAGAACGCGAGAGGGAACGCUGGAGUUUGCUGAGAGCUGCUAGAGAUGAGGCUGACAGGAGUCUCAGCUUAGCGGCAAGUUUGGCUGAUAAGGAGGCUGCUUUAUCUCAUGCACAUGCUACUAUAAAAGAGCUCCAGCGACAAUUAAGCGACCGAGGUGGAACCAGUGGUGUAUGUCUGAGUGAUCAAGAGUCCCUCGUAUCAUUUCCACGUGGCAGUGUAAAUGGUACAGCAACACUCGGUGCUUGCAGUACCAGUGGCAUCGGAGGAUGUGGACCAAUGCUAUUACCUCACUUGGGUGCACAACCCCCUCUGGGUGCAACUGAUCUUUGCGUUGGUGUUGGCGGAAGUGGUGCGAGUGGAACUGGUCAAGCUGGUGAUCGUGGUAGCUGUAGUGCUGAUUCCGGUGUACGUGGAUCCAGUGACAGAGAGAGUGGCGGUGCUACCAGUGUCGGAGGAAAUUUAUCAGACUCCACAACUGAUGGGACACCAACAAUAACUGUCGAGGGAAGUGGCCUCGAUAUGGACAGCAUCUCAGUGGUAUCCUCCGUAGCUCCAUCACACAUGUAUCAAUCAGCAACUACACCGAAGGACUGCAGCCCAACUCUUUCACCUUUGAACGCAUUUUCGAGAUCGAUGGAUACGUCAUCGAUGUCACGUUCAGUGGAGCAACUGUCCAGUCCAAUGGACUCUGAGCCAAGGAGAAAUAAAGUAGCACCUGUUCCAGCACCUGUCGCCCACGCGCGCUCUUCGGCGACGAGGGGCGGUCCUUGGGGUUCGAUUUCAAGGGUUUUCGCUCGUUCUCGUCAUCGGAAAGCCCUCAACAGUUCCGUUAGCGGUAGCACAGGAACAGAGGCUUCGGAUGCCUUCGAUCCCUAUAGGUCGUGGUCACCACUUACUGAGGAAGGCUACGCCGAGAAAUUACGAUUACUGCGGGAAGCUGUAACGAUACCAAUGGAGAGAUGGCGAGCUCCAACCGUCCUAGCUUGGCUCGAGGUUGCCCUAGGGAUGCCACAGUACGGACCCAGGUGUGCCGAGAAUAUCAAAUCAGGAAAGGUUCUGUUGGAAUUGAAUGAUGCAGAACUUGAAGCAGGUUUGGGAAUAACUCAUCCCCUUCAUCGGAAAAAGCUUCGCUUAGCAAUUGAGGAGCACAGACAUCCAAGUUUAGUGCGUUAUCCCUGUAUAGCUCAACUGGGUCACACAUGGGUCAGUUCUGAGUGGUUGCCUGAUCUUGGACUCGCCCAAUACUCAGAGAGCUUUGCUACUAAUUUGGUUGACGCCAGGAUGCUCGAUCAUAUCGUUAAGAAAGAAUUGGAAAAACUCUUGGGAGUCACGAGGAAGUUUCAUCAAGCUAGUAUUAUGCAUGGUAUUAAUUUAUUGAGAAUGCUCAAGUACGACAGACAGGCACUCGCUGUUAGGCGUCAUCAGAGUGAACAAGUGGAUGAAGAUCCCUUAGUUUGGACGAAUCACAGGUUCAUUCGGUGGGCGAGAAAUAUUGAUCUAGGAGAAUAUGCUGACAAUCUCAAAGAUUCUGGUGUUCACGGUGCUCUGGUAGUUCUAGAACCCUCGUUCACUGGUGAUACCAUGGCAACAGCGCUUGGAAUACCUCCCGCUAAGCACAUGAUACGUCGACAUUUAACUGCCGAACUGGAGGCCCUUGUACUGCCAGCCAGAAGCCAGCUGGAGGUGAUACCGAGGAAUCAUGUUGGUGGAAGUAGACCGAUGAGUACAGUGAGUGCCGGAGGGAGUUUGGGACGAGGAAAUCGGGCUCUACAUCUCCAACACCAUCAGAGCUCGCUAUCAGCCCUUCACAUGGCAACCAACAACUCUAGUACUAUUGACAGACGACGCUCCAGCCUCAGGACCUGCAGUCUUCUCUAUUUGAAAAAGUUGUCGUGGAGAAGCUCUCAGGGUUCUCUGAGUCGAGCGUUGGGGCUUCGUCCCCGGAGUGAAAAAGCUUCACCCUCGUCAUCAUCAGACACAGGAUCUCUCGUCAGUCAAUGUCAAUACAUGAGUAGCAUCCGUAGUAAUUCUCCUCCACCUCCUCAACUACCGCCACGUCCAUCAGCAAAUGGAACGGGAAAGCGUCAUCGUCGUGUGAAAAGCAUCGGUGACAUCGAGUACAUAACGAAUGCACCAGUGAGUACACCAGUCUGACAAGAGGAUCGGCCCCAACGUUCGGGGCCUUAUCGGAGCUUGAGCGAGCGUGGAUAUUCAUCUUAUUCCUCGCAGUACGGAUCCUACUCGGGAUACAGCAAUAUAUUAUCAUCGGAUUACUACUAUCAGUCACCAGGGAACAAUUAUUACCAGCUCCAGGGUGGGUACUAUUCGCCCCAGAGCUCGGGACCACGAUUUCCGGGGGUGCAGAGGUAUGGCAGUCUAGCUGAAGAAUCUUGGACGUCCUCAGCUAAAGAUGAAACUGUCAGUAAUUCCGCUAGAACAUAUUUGACUUGAAUUUCUUACCAAUGGGGUUCACUCAAAUGACCAAAUAAUCUAGGUUUCUCUGUUGCUUCCAUGGAGAACUCCUCGAUAUCAGAAUUAUCCUGGAAUAAUUUAAUUAAUUUGAUAAUCUGAUAUUUAAUUUUUACGAAAUUCAGAAUAUUCGUGAUGUCACUGAAAGCAUUCCAUUUGCUGGUGCAAUUGAUUGUCUCUCAAAUCAAGUGUUCAGGGAAAUAAUAUUACGAUCGUGAACGAAAUCUUGAUUUGUACGCCCACUGAUUAGUUUAUUAUCUCCAUGAUGUGGAGAAAUGGAGAAUUAUUACCAAAAAUAAUGUUUUUCGAACUAUUAUUUAUUGUGUGAAUAUUAUUUGACUGGAGAAAUUCCUUUCAAUGUUUCUGCGAUUAGGCAAGUUAAAAUUAUUGACAACAAAGAAACGAUUCAUUGUGAUGAACAGAAUUAUAUUGUGCGCUCAAAUUUCGAGGAAUAAUGGAUUAAUUAUGGAUAUAAUAAUAAUUGGAUAAUCUCGAGAUAUUGUUCACUUAUGACUUUUUUCAAAGGUUCUAAUGUCGAUAACAAGAUCAAAUCGAAAAAAGUUCAUUUUAUUCGGAUGUAGCCAUGAUAAAAUUUUUUGAAGGACACUCAUUGCCCUUUCCUGCUCUUUUUUUAAUCUGAUGAAUAUAUUCUGCUUCCAUUUUAAUUAAGAGUUCGUUCCACUGAAUUCUUGGGUGAAAUUAUAAAUAAUUUUUUUUUUGUAAAUUGCCUUGAUGUUGAAUUCAUCAUUGAAAAAUCAUCAUGUGCAUGGCAGCAAGACUUUCCUAUUGGUUAAAAUUAUAAUUAUCUAAGCACGAUAAUAAUGUCUCCAUGAAUUUGCACGAGAUCAUCGAAAUCUUUGGUAUUGCAAUCGAUUAAUAAUAAUUUUCUAUAUGAAUCCCAAAUGAUAUUUAAUCUGAUAUUUAUUCUUAGUUUUAUCUAUCGAUACAUCAAUUUGAAUUCCUGCGGAACUGAUAAUACAUUUAUUAUAAUAAACGUUGAUAAUUUAUCCGGAAUGCCAAAAAGAAAAAAAAAAUAACGGAAAAGUGUAUUGUCGUCGUUUUCUCAUGUUAACGUCGAUUUAAUACGAGAAUUAUUUUUCUUCUGUAAAUUAUUGAAUUUGAUAUAAAAUUCGAUCUGAAUUAUCCAAGUGGAUUGAACCAUCAGAGACCAUAAGGAUUGCAUUGGCAUUUAUCAAUAAAUCGAACAAUAAAAAAACAUCGGAAUGCUUGUGCGAUGAAUAUAAACAAUGCUAUCAGCUUUUGACGUAUCGGUCUCUGUUUGCAGUAUAUGUACAACUGAAAAUUAACUACAGAUUAAGAUAAAUAAAACAUUGUAAAUGUACUCAAUGCAGGAUGUAUAUGUAUAUAUUUGUGUGAGCUGUAAUAAUAUUUGAUGAACAUUUGAGAAUAAAUUAUA